AACACAUUCGGUUUGGUGUGAUUGACUGACGCGCGUGGCCCGCACAGCCGGGCAAGGAGAUCGAAUUACCGGUGGUCCAGUGCGAGCUUUGUUGCACCGCGCCGCCAGCUUCCCCACCCUCCUCUCCCCGCCGUCUCCUUCCCAAACCCGGCGCUCGCUUCGAUUCCAUUGCCUUGUCCGCAGCAGUGCUCCUCCUGCUCUGCCUCCGCUCCUGCGCAAUCCCACUCGCCUCCUCCUAUUAGCUAGCUCCUGGUCCUCUGCAAUCUACAGCUGCUUUCCCCCGCCCCCUCCGGUUCGAGCCUCUAGGGUUUCGGGAGCUCGAGGCGAGGCGGCAUGACGACGCGGGGAGCCAAGCGCGCCGCCACGUCCGACCUCGCUGCCCCCGAUCUACCAAGUAAGAGAGUAAUGGACGGACCCUCUUUUGAUGUUCACAGGGCGGAGUCUUCCCAUCAGCAUGUGAUGGUAGGACCCGUUACUUUAGAUCCUCGACGGGCUGAGGCUGCCAGCAAACACGUGAGGGCACUCAAUACCCAGUUCGCAAGCUGGGUUCAAUUGCAGUUGCAAAAUUAUCCAGCUGAACUCUGGGAAGACGGCAUCAAAGAUUACAUAUCCCAUGCUUCUGAAAUCAUGGAGAAAUUCAAGGAUGUCGUCAAUUGGCUUAGGCAAUCUAAAGCAAGUUCAGCAGCUGUUUCCUCCCCAAGUCCACUCAAGGAUGAGAAAACUACUUUGCCGGCAGCAGAUGAUAGCAAGUUUGCGGUACAGCCAAGUUCAGAUAACGAACAGAAGGUUCCAAUUAUGGCAUCUACUUCUUCAGUUUCUCAGAGCUCAAGCUCACAGAAUAUUCUCUCGUUUUCUUCUCAGACAAAACCGCCAGCUUUUAGUGGUAUAUUUGGUGACAACAAGAACACUCCUGGUGACAGCAGUAAACCAUCUUUCCAGUUUGGUGCGAAUAAUGGCAUAUUCGGUGACAAGAACUCACCUGGUGACAGCAGUAAACCUACUUUCCAGUUUGGUGCAAAUAAUGGCUUUUCGACACCAAAUUCACCAUCCAUUUUUUCUGCUUCAGUUGCCCAAAGUUUUAGCAUGCAGACUCCGUCUCUGUUUUCAGUGAACCAACAAUCAAUUCUCUCAGGAAACCAAAAGACUGCUGAAGCUUCAGCUGAUGCAGAUGAGGAUGCUGAACCUGAGAAGCCAAGCAGUCCUUCUGUAAAGAAGGCAGAAGAGAAAGGAAUAGUUGUUGUUCAUGAAGCCAAAUGCAAGGUGUAUGUAAAGCAUGAUGAUGCAACCAAGGGCUGGAAAGACAUUGGUGUCGGUCAGCUUUCUAUCAGAAGUAAAGAAGGUGCAGAGAAAGCUUCCAAAGAGUCCACUCCGACCAUUGUUAUUAGAAACGAUGUUGGUAAAAUUCUCCUGAAUGCUCUGAUCUAUAAGGGGAUAAAAAUGAAUGUUCAGAAGAACACAGUUGCUUCAAUAUUUCAUACCACAGAUUCGCAAUCAAGUGAAACAGAUGGUGGCACUGUUGUCGCUCGAACAUACUUGUUUCGGUUGAAAAAUGAGGAGGAGGCUGCAAAGUUGUCAACAGCGAUAAAAGAGAAUGUACCCUCGGAAUGAUUCGUAGGGCUUGAUUUUCUUCUCGAGCCUCUGCUUUUGGCAAUAGUUGUAUAUUUUAGAGGGAAACUCCACCGAUGGCCUCUUCAGCGGGCCAAAAGAUGCCUUGCAAAGUUUUUCUGCCUAGUUACACCAAGAUAAAUAUUUCUUGCUUGUAACUUGUAAGGCUGACUAUGUAUUAGUAUCUUCCCUCAUGUAUCAUCUUUGACAUUUAUAAGGUUAUUGAGCAUGCUUAGAGCUUCAUCUUCA